AUGACAUCUGAGUCCCAGCAACCACGUUCCAAAACUCCAGUCCUCAAGCUACGACCGUCGGUCACAACGGAACAAAUCGUACCUCGCCUAAAGGUCAAACAGCCCUAUGGACCUUGGAUCGCACAUCCAGGCCUCAUCGAUGAAGAGUUUGAGCGGCGCCGUCACCUCGUCCAUUUCCCACCUGAUGUGACAAGGGACGAGCAUAGACGACGAUGGAAGGACGAGAUUCCGGUAUUGGAAGCAGAAAUUGAAGAUUGUAAACUUGAGGACUUUGAUCUUAGGGCUGUUAUUUCAAUGGCACCGAAAUACGACAUGCAGUAUACACUGUGCCAAUCCGAUCAUGAACAAGCUAAGUAUCUUGAGAGAUAUUAUGUCGGGGCUCAUAUCUACUUACGGCCUCACGCUUUUUCCUCGCCUUCCUUUCUCGAAAGCUUUGGGCAUGAUUGGGGAUUGAACGCUCGAGGUAUUUAUUACCAUCAUUACUAUUCACCCGCGUGGAUUACAGCAGACCAUAAACUAUGGGUGCCGUCAAUACAGGAUAAGAAUUGGGACGAUGCUGACGAAGAGGGUCGCCGAGUCAGAGCCAGAACAAUGGUCAAACAUAUUCUGCAAAACGAGAAGUGGGCUAAGAGCGAAUAUGCAUGGGAGGCCGAUGCUUGGAAGGAUGUGUUUGGAUUGAUGAGAGAUGACCCUGUACUUGCGGUAGACAAGCAUGCAUAUAACACGAUACGAGAGAAAAGGCAUCCUGUUACAUGCCUUUUGACUGGCGAAUCAAAGUUCAUCAAGCGGAUCCCCGAUGCGACUUUUGGUCUCGCAACAUUCAAGCCAAGAGAUUACCAGAGCCCGAUUGCAGAAUGGGAUCUCGAUCGUGAUCGCCUGGAAGCACUCAGUCUUCAUAGAUACUGCGGUCUCCACUCUGACCCUAGCUGGGGAAAGUCAAGUCUAGUGUUCCCAUUUGCAGCAUAUGAAGCCAAAGGAUGGAGUGGCGAUCCUCGGGAAGCACGACGUCAAGCGUGCUCUGCUGGAUCAGUAUACCUCGACAUGCUUGAUCGUCUAAGCAAGAUUCCCGGGAAGCCUGGAGACCUCGAUGGUGCAUACCAAGCCGAAGACAGCCGAAAUAGCCAGGUUUUUGUCUUCACAUCCUUUGGUGCUCACUGGCAUAUUCUGGUUGGUUAUAGGCGGCCACGACUUGCAAGAGAGCAUGCGGGCAUGGCUGGUAUGAGCAAGACUAUAUAUGACUUUCAAAGAAUAUGGAGCGGACGGGUGUCAACUGAGCGCAAAGCGUGGGAGCUGCUGUCCUUGAUCGAUCAGAUACACCUUUGGGGCGUGACAGUUUUCAGAGACUUCGUCGUACGACACUUAAAGCCAUGGCACGAGUUUGGAAAGCGAUGCUAUGUCAACGAUAUCGACUUCACUACUGCUUCUUCUGAUAAGAGUAUCAGGAUUUUUGACGAGUCGGUUCGUUACUGGUUCCCCAGGCCUUGUAAUGAACUAGCCGAAUGGACAAGACACUUCCCCCCGGAGACCCAACUGAAAUUCAGAGACGCACUAGGGCAUUUUCUGUUCCAAGCUAACGCAAGUUACCGUCCAGAAACCAGAGGCAAAAGUGAUUCAUUUACCUCCUUAUUUAACUGUAUCGUCGGUACCUGCUCAAAGACUCACCUUGUUGGAUAUCCAUUAGGGUCUCUAGAGGAAGUCCAUGCCCAUCUUUAUGACUUUCACGGUGUUGAGCCGGGCACCGCACCGGACCUCUUCUUAAGCGCAAAAGAGCUAUUAAGCCGGAAGCUGCGUGUUUGGGAAGUCGGACAGAGAUUGUUUCUCGCUGACCGCCUAGUCCUACACGAUGAUGAAAUGGAAGUCUGGGGUGGGCCAUCGGGUAAGAGGAAGCUCAAAGAUAUAAUGGAUGAAGAAAGUGAAAACCAGGGCAAUUGCGGUGAUGACACAAAAACAAAGAAGAGAAAGCUCCGAUCAUACUACAGGUUUUAA